UAUAAGAAAAAUAGUAACAAAACAUCAUUGGUGGGAAUCGGGUUUAUUUAGCUAAAUUCAAAUAGCAAUCCUAAGACUGGAAAUAACGGGAGAGAAAUGUCCCUAUCUCAAAUAGUUGGUAAUCUUUGUCGCAUCUGCUCUAAGAGCUCUACGAAAAAUGUUUCCCUAAACGAAAUCAUAAAUGGGAAAACACUGGUCGAAAUGCUUCGUUAUUGUGUAAAAAUAGAGAUUUUUGAAAAUGAUAGUCUACCAUUUCAAUGUUGUAUGGAUUGCAAUAUCGAUCUAGUUGUGGCGUAUAAUUUGGUGAAACGCUGCAAAGAAUCGGAUGUUUUGUUUCGGAGUCAACUCAACAGUAAUAAAGAUGGGACGCGACAAAUGACAUAUGGAUAUAACAAAAGUUAUCAAUGGGAGACGGGACUCAAUGUGCAUAGGGAAUGUAUUUAUGCGGAACCGAUAACAGAUCUGUCGACAUUGAACAAUGAACAGUUAAAAAAGUUGGAACGCGAGGAAAGCGAAAGUUUAUCGAGUUAUAACAACGAUAAUGAUGAUGACGACUAUAAAGAAGCUGUCAGCAUCAUUCAAGAGAACGCCAGCGAAAGUGAGAAUGUUACAAAUCUAGAAAACGAUGCGAUUAAGAGCAAAGUUGACGAAAGUAUAAGCGAAGUGAAGCAAGGUGUUGAGGAAGUUCUAUCGUCUUUCCCCAAACGAUGCUGCAAAUGCAAAAUGCGUUUGGAAAAUAUGGAGCAGGUUGAGCAACAUUCUAAAACGCAUAUAGGAUUAAGAGUUGUCGACCAGCAAAUAAUCACAACCAGUCCAUUCGAAUGCUCGGUUUGCUUCCAAAGGUUUACUACGAAUCAUGAUCUAUUUCUCCAUCAGCAAGAAAUGUCCAUUGAUAAACAAUUUCAGGACGAUGAACCUGAUAAAGAUUUACUAAAAAAAGCCCCAACAGCGAACUAUAAAAAACCUCACUAUAAGAAUAAGAUUGACCGAAAGGGACAGCUUCCGAAAUGUUGUGCUUGUUAUCAAGAAUUUGAGUCUGACGAAUUGCUGAAAAAACAUUGCGACGAAAUUCAUCUCCCAGAAAGCCAAGCUUCAACAAGCAAUAAUGGAAGAAAAAUAAUUUGCGACAUCUGUCACCGCAGGUACAAAACUAAACGGACAAUGCUGGAUCACCAAUUGAAACCAUACCGUAUCAACAACCAUCAGUGCGUCCAUUGUGGGCGAGUAUUCCGGGAAAUAAGCGGUCUUGCCGACCACGAACGAUCUCACUUCGAAGAACGUUCUUUCGUCUGUCCGAUUUGCUCAAGAUCAUACACCAGAAAGGACUCGUACAGAAGACAUGUAAAAUUGCAUUCGGUAGAAAAGGAUCACUACAAAUGCGAUGUUUGUGGUAAAGGGUGCAGGUCCAAGGACAAUCUCAAUGUACACAUGAGAAUGCACACUGGUGAGAAACGCUUCAAGUGCCAUAUGUGCGAUGCGGUCUUUGCGUAUCCAGACAAGCUCAAACGCCACAUUAUGGCACAUCGUGGUAUUAAACCACACCGCUGCAAUGUGUGCGAGAUGGAAUUCACAAGAUCGGAUCAUCUAAGUAAGCACAUGAAAUCGCAUUUGAACACAAAAAGGAAAUCAAAAAUUAUCUCUAACACAUUCGACUGUUAUAUAUCUGAAUAAAGUUUUUAUCUCGA